AGCUACGAACAGCACCAGCCGUGUUGAGAGCUUCAUUCGAAAUCCUACCCACGAUUCAACAGGAUGUAAACUUUUGCGGCUCAGUGUCCCAUCGAAUCAGUGUUCGGCGCUGUUGAAAAUCUUAUCAGAAAUAUGUACAUCUUCCCUAUUCGGGCUUUAUAUUUUGUGUGAUUAUUUUCGAUUAAAUCAUGUGUACGUUACGAGCAAAAACAUCAAGUGCUAAUAGUACCGAGGAAGUUUUCAAUAAAUUUCUAUUCGUUAAUUCAAUUAGUGCGAUGAUGGGAAAUUUUCACUUCACUCAAAAAUCUGUUGAACAUUAAGAACCGUCCGAAUCAAUUACCACCAUUAUACUAGUGUGACAUGCAUUCAUUGUGAAGUUGGUAAUUCUUUGCAUUACUCCAAUUACAUCAAGCGGAUUUAAAGCUACGGUCGACGGUAAGGCGACUGCAUCGUCGAUAUAUAGAUAAACCAUGGAUAAGUUGCAUGACUACCAAGGAUGGACAGGACGAUUUCAUGAGUUCAAGGAAGGAUUACGCGCGAAGCGUGAUGCAUGGCGCGAGCAAAGAUCGGGUGGAUUUGUCCAAUGUCUCCGAGACAGCAUAAAACCAUCGAACCAGCGGCAGGAUAACAUUGACUCGAAUGCGCCUUGGGGAGAAAGUGUGGAUUUUUCUCAUAUAUAUCGCAAAAAAUCAAGACUGGAACUGGUUCGCGUAUCUGCCGCCGUCAUGGGGAUCGAAUUUUCAUAUGCAGCAGAGACGGCUUUUGUAUCACCUACCCUUCUGAAGAUCGGCGUUCAACAUCAACAUAUGACCCUUGUUUGGUGUCUAUCACCUUUGGUCGGAUUCUUCCUCACUCCUGUACUGGGCUCAAUGAGCGAUCGUUGUAAAAGCAACUUUGGCAGACGUAGACCAUUCAUAUUACUAUUAUCUAUAGGAGUUCUUCUAGGAUUACUACUAGUACCUAAUGGAGAGACUCUAGGCUAUGCAUUUGGCGAUGAAUAUCCAAGUAUUACUAAUAAUACCAACGUUCCAAUCCAAAACAUACUCCCACAUAGAGCAACGGCUCAAGAAUCUAGAGAUGGUGACGCUGAUACAUUAGCAGCAUCUACUAGAACGCCUCAUCCUUGGGGCAUACUGUUUACUAUACUCGGAACCGUACUGCUUGAUUUCGACGCGGAUGCGUGCCAAAGUCCUUCCAGAGCAUACCUACUAGAUGUAACGAUUCCCGAAGAUCACGCAAGAGGUUUAUCAACAUUUACAAUCAUGGCAGGACUCGGAGGAUUUAUGGGAUACUCCUUAGGUGGCAUCGACUGGGACAAUACAGUUAUUGGCCAAGCAUUUGGUGGUCACGUAAGAGCAGUAUUUUCACUUAUUACAAUUAUAUUCAUACUGUGCGUGUUCUUUACUAUCACGAGCUUCAACGAGAUACCGCUGUGGAUAUUAGAUGAAGAACUCCAUAGGCAAAUUCCUUCUUCAACAUGUAAAAUUACCAAAGCACUAUCUGAACAGGAUGUGGUUGAGAAAGCCGAAGUCGCAUCGUAUGGAACUGUCGAGGAAGACAAAAUACACCACCCUCAAAACAACUUGCGAAGAUACACCAUGCCGGCACCCUGUGUCAAUCGUGAUUAUGAUGAACUUCCUGGGAGCAACUGUGCUGAAACAUCAUUCACUGAAAAUAACCCUACGGAGAACGUAAAUGAUGGAAUUAUGGAUAAAAGUGAAGCAGUUACCCUCAGAACAUAUUUGAAAUCGAUCAUAUUCAUGCCACACUCACUUCGGAUGGUUUGCCUAACGAACUUGUUCUGCUGGAUGGCGCAUGUUUGUUAUUCGCUGUAUUUCACUGAUUUCGUUGGUGAAGCCGUUUUCGGAGGAAAUCCUAAAGCCCUGGAUGGAACUGAAGAGUUUAACAACUACGAGGAAGGAGUGCGAUUCGGUUGCUGGGGAAUGGCCAUGUACUCUCUUUCGUGUGCUUGUUACUCGCUGAUCAUCGAGAAGCUGAUAAAACGAUUCAAAGCUCGAAAGGUGUACGUUGGAGGGUUGCUGUUCUACUGCUGUGGAAUGACGCUUAUGGCUUUGGCUAAACAUCGAGCCGGUGUAAUAAUAUUCAGCUGGACUGCUGGUGUAAUGUACUCCACACUAUUUACGAUGCCAUAUUUAUUGGUGGCCCAUUACCACUCUGAGGGUAUAUUUGAGAUAGUUGCUGAAGGCGAAGAAAAACAGGAACUCAAUGUUCGAGGUUUGGGAACCGAUGUGGCAAUUGUAAGCAGUAUGGUCUUCUUGGCACAGUUCAUAUUAUCCAUAUGUAUGGGAACAAUAGUUUCCUGGAGCGGAACAACAACAGCUGUCGUUAGUGUAGCAGCAUUUUUAAGUUUUUGUGGUGCCAUUUCAGCAACAAGAAUAAUGUACCUUGAUUUGUAAUACCAAAGAAAUUUCGGAUAUCUGAGAAAUUAGUAAUACCAUUUCAAUAGUUGUGACGAAUACAUUUAUUAGGUGUACAAUAUUAUAUUAUAUGAAUGUAAAAUAUAAAACUUAGUUAAACAGA